UUCUUUUCCCUUUGCCUGGUAUAUCUCACACUCACUUUAAAUGGAAGAUUAUUGCAACUCUUACUUGGAAAUUCAGGUGUAGAACACGACACUUGUCUUUAGCCCUUCUCAGACUGCCUCGCAAGUGAAGUGGAGAACUGCGUCAUUUGUCACCCCUAUCUGUUGGGAAGCAGACAAAGCAAAAAAGAGAAAUGAGCAGCAGGACUCCUGCCCUUACCUUCACAUUGGCAGGCUGAGAUGCUGCCUGGAUAAGGAAGAGGGUGUCCAAGCUGUCCCAUAAGCAAAUUAAACCAUUAAGAGCAAAAGAGGAGUGAAAGAAUCACAAACAUGAGUCAAGAUUAAUUUUUCCGAACCAGCGUAUCUGUGUUUCUCUUCUAAUACAGGGCAACCUGCAAAGCUGCAGUAUGCUUCUGAAUAGGUGAGAGAGAUAAUGAGUGGGAAAAGCAAAGCAAUAUUAACUGCUGAGUGGUCUUCAGUAUAAUAAAGAAAUUGUUUUUCCUCAAUAGGUAAAACCAAAUGAUAUAACUCACUGAGUAAAAAGAGGAGACAUUUGGCAGCUUGGCACCAGUACUAAUGAAGCCAAUAGCCUUCUCUGCUUUCUCCUUUUGGCUGGCUCUCCUUUUGGCUGGUUUCUUUGGCAUACAAAUCACUGGCACUUUUGUGAGAAGUCAGAAGAACCAUACGCUAAUUUUCACCAAGGAAAACACAAUUCGCAACUGCACCUGCUCGACGGAUAUUCGCGAUUGCGAUUACUGCCUGGCAAACUUGAUGUGCAAUUGCAAAACAGUGCUGCCCUCUACCAUGGUAAAAACUACCUACAACAGCCACCUGACCAUUUGGUUCACAGACACCUCUGUGCUAGAGAUGCUCCUGAACUUCACAAGGGUGUGGGAUUUGAAACUGUCCUUCUGUGGCACUACUCCUCUCCCUACUGAAUACUUGGCCAUUUGGGGACUUCGAAAGCUGCGAGUAAAGAAGGUCAAGGGACAUUUUCCAGAGCAAAGUGUCACCAUCUACAGCAGCAGCAAAAGUGAAAAAGACAACUCACUUGCAGUGCACAACAAAGACAGACAAAUGCUUGUGUAUCUUUCUUUUCUGGAUACCUCGCUUUUCAAUGGAUAUUCUUUGCUGAAGUCGUACAGCGUGGAGAACAUCUCCAGUAUCACAGAGCAUUUUCCAAGCCUGAUGUACUCUGAUGUUUCCUCAACCUCAGAUAACAAGAGCUAUGUUGUAACAUUCAUUUACUGAGUUAUUUAACAUACUCAGUAGUCAGAGGCAUGUCAAAAUACUCAGAAAGAGAUGGGAUUUCUUUCAAUUCUGUCUGGUUUGGUCAAGAGAAACUGUUACAGGAUAGACACCACUGACUGUGGUAACACUUUACAAGGCAAUUUUUAAUGUAAGAGAGACUC